GAAUGACAUAAAAGUGUCAAACAAAAUAAAAUCGUUUCUGCGUUUAUUAGUGUUCUGUGAUAAAUAAAGUAUGGUGGUCGAUUUCCUUUCUCAGACAGUAUAUUCAUAAGUUUAUUAUUUAAAUUGUUAGUAGAUAGUUUCAAAUUAAUUUCAUGAUGGCAGAGGCCGCCGUGGAAGAUAGACCGCCCCAGAAGUUUUAUUGUCACAUGUGUAACAUUCAAUUUCAAAACGCAUCAGCGGAUUUCACAUGUCCUCAUUGCUCCGAUGGUUUUAUAGAAGAAUUACAAGAUACUCCUGAAAGUAAUGACGACAUAAUGGACGUUGAGGAUUGGGAAGAUGCAGAGGUUGUGGAUAAUUUGAUGAAUACAUUGCCGUUAAAUUUAACUGAGGAUCGUAGGCCUAGGACGCGAUCGGAAGGGAUUAAUCGCCCUGGAAGAAGGUACGCAAAUCGUGCCAGGAUUGUUAGACCCAGAACUCUUACUAGAAUAGCAUCGUCGAAUUUGAGGCAGCACGUCCCGUUCGAGAAUCUACUGCAAGAUUUCAUUGUAAAUUUGGGCGUAGGAGUGAAUUUUGGUACGGCACAAGGAAAUAUGCAGCUGUUUUUAGGGAACCCGGGCGAUUAUGCUUGGGGGCGUGAAGGAUUAGACGCCAUAGUAACCCAACUUCUCAAUCAAAUGGAUAGCACUGGUCCACCGCCGGUUUCUAAAGAAGUUAUAGAUGGUUUACCCAUAGUGGAAGUAACUGAAGAACAAGUUACUGCCAAAUUACAAUGUUCAGUUUGUUGGGAGGAUUUUCAGUUGUGCGAGAAUGUGCGUCAAUUACCUUGUUUGCAUAUUUAUCAUGAACCGUGUAUAAGACCGUGGUUGGAAUUGCACGGUACUUGCCCCAUUUGUAGACAAAACUUAAUUAAUGAUCAAAGUAGCAGUGACAAUAAUCAGGAUCCGGGUGGUAGUAGUUCAAAUAAUGGCGCUAAUAAUACAUUUAACGUCCUGCGCAGUCUGUUCAAUUCUCAAUCCAGUAGUUCGUCGAGUAAUUCGACGUCCCAUGAAAAUACAGGAGCUAGGACACGAUCGAGAUCACAAAAUGACUCCACCAUGUAAGCGAAUUAUCAAGAAAAAACUAAAAAAACGAUGAUUAAUCACAUUUAAACGAAAAAAAAAACCAAAAAAAUGAAAUCCUGUAAUCUAGAAAUAUGCUUGCUUUUAAAAAACAUUGUUUUUAUUAUUGUACGAUUGGUGAAAUGGGAUUCGAUUAAAAAAAAAAACUUUGAUGUUAAUUUUGGAUUUUUUUUAAACGGUUUUGUUGAGUUUUCCACGAAUAAAAAAUUAAUUUAAUCGAAUUGGCGAGUAUUUUGGAUUAUUGUACAUAAAUUUCGUUUUAUUUUAAAUUAUUAACAAUAAAAAUCCAACUUUUAGUGAUGAAGGUUGUUGUUGUUUUUUUUUCUUCAGUUAUUGAGACGUUUGUUUAUAAUUUUCUGACGUUUUUCAAUUUUUUCUUUACGAUUUUCAUUGUUUCCUCAUCGUUACUCAUUCCCCAGGUUUCGUUAUUUAUUUCUUUUGGUUAAUUGAAUCAUUUUUCAAGAUUUUAUCACUUGUUGGGCUGCGCAAUGUCAAUUUUUUGAAACUAUCAAUCAUUUUCUACUGUUUCCGGCAGUUUUUUUCAUAAUUUAUCAUAUUUUUGGAAAAACGAUUUUCUUCGGUAAACUAAAAUUUUCAAGAGUUUCCAUAUUUUCACAAUUUCAGAAUAUUUUUAACAGUUUUCAGCAUUUGCCUUUCUAUAUUUUCCAUAACAUCAAAAUAUUUUUUACAUUAUCCAUAUAUUUUCCACAAUAUCAGAUCGUUUUCUACAGUUUCCCAUUUUUCUUGUAUUUUCCACGAUAUCGAACCAUUAUCUACAGUUUCCACCAGUUUUCAUUUCUUUUUCAUCCAUUUUUUACCAUAUCAGAAUAUUUUUUUCAAAAUUUUCAACAGUUUUUCAUGAUUUUCUAACAAUUUUCUAUAAUUUCCAAUAGCUUUUCACAUUUUUUAAUAUUAUUUUUCAUCUUUCCAACAUUUUUUUUAAUAACUCAACAAUUUCCCAUAAUUGUAGAUUGUUUUAAACAGUUUUCCAUAUUUCCAACAAUUUUCUGUAAAUUUCAACAGUUUCAUUCGAUUUUCCACAGUUGUAGAUAGUUU